UAGUCCCGUGCGCCCGCGCGGCGGCGGCGCAUGCGCGGGGCGGCGGCGAUGGCGUCGGGGUGCCGGGUCGGGCCGUCCGUCCUCAACGGCGACCUGGCGGCGCUGGGCGCCGAGUGCGGGCGGCUGCUGGAGUGCGGCGCCGACUACCUGCACCUCGACGUGAUGGACGGGCACUUCGUGCCCAACAUCACCUUCGGGCACCCCGUGGUGGAGAGCCUGCGCCGCCGGCUGGGCCAGGAGCCCUUCUUCGACAUGCACAUGAUGGUGGCCAGGCCGGAGCAGUGGGUGAAGCCGAUGGCCGUCGCCGGCGCCAACCAGUACACCUUCCACCUGGAGGCCGCCGACAACCCCGGGGCGCUCAUCAAGGACAUCCGGGAGAACGGCAUGAAGGUGGGGGCCGGGGGCGGCCCUGGGUCUGUCUGUCCUCUCCCGCAGGUGGGCCUGGCUAUCAAACCUGGCACGACGGUCGAGCAGCUGGCACCCUGGGCCAACCAGAUAGACAUGGCGCUGGUGAUGACAGUGGAACCGGGGUUUGGAGGGCAGAAAUUUAUGGAAGAUAUGAUGCCAAAGGUUCAAUGGCUGAGGACGCAGUUUCCGUCGCUGGAUAUUGAAGUGGAUGGAGGAGUUGGGCCUGACACCAUCCACAAGUGUGCAGAGGCAGGUGCAAAUAUGAUUGUAUCUGGCAGUGCUAUUAUGAGGAGCGCAGAUCCAAGAUCUGUGAUCAAUCUUCUAAGGAAUGUGUGUUCAGAAGCUGCUCAAAAGCGGUGUCUGGAUCGAUGAGACCUACUCGAACAGUGGUCAAGAAGGCUCUGUGCGUGCAGGAGAGCCCUUGUUUCUCAUGCGUUAAGGGAGGGCUGGAUGAACAUUAAUUACGGAAAUUUGUUGCUGCUGAACAGAGGAAUCAUUCCUUCACUGCAAUGAAGCAAGCAGCAGUGAAAAACAUUCUGGCUGUCUUUCAGGGUUGGAAAUGCAAUGGUUUGAACCUGUUUCUUGAUUCUGUGGAGGCUAAUUUUAUGCAACAACCUUUAAUGCUGAGUGGAUCGAACUAAAAUUCAGUCAGUUUUUGCUUGCUAGAAGAGUGUAGCAUCACCACAUGCAAUCUCUUGUGGAAGACUCUUAUGAACCUGCCUUCUGCUGUCUGUAUUUUGUCACUUGAUCUGUGCAUUCCUACAAAACUUUUCCAAUGUCUGCAUUAAACACACUUCUCCUGGUGUGGUAAGUCUCCUUUAAA